AUGCUUGCAGGGCGAGCCUGCGGCCGUGAAACAGCGCGUGCGGGAGGCGAGGCGGUGAGUGGUGCCGCCUGCGCAGAUGCCGCGGAGCCAAGAAUGCGGCGCUGUGUUGUUGUGCACCAGUCGCCGGAGUCAGCCGUGAGCACGCAGAGGUUUCGCUCGCCAGAUGAGGCGGCGACGUUUGUGCGCAAAAUGGCGGGGGGCCACAGCCGGGGAUGUAUGUGGGUUGACCUGCAGGGCCACACUGUGGAGCAGCGGAGAAAAAUCCUGCAGUUGCUGUUCCCCGACAUGCAGCCGGGCCAACUCGAGGUGGUACUCGAUCCCGAGACGUACGACGCGGUGGAGCUGCAGCCUGUGAAGGGUGAGUACAUUGUUGGAUGUCUUGCGUGUGCGCGUGACAUGCGCGGCUGUGUGCUAGAUGCGGAUGGGGAAGGGGACGCCGUGUUCUGCUCCUUUGUGUGCAACGAGCGGUUUCUUGUAACAAUGCACGUGGCACCCUUUGUUGGCCUUGCCGAGCUGCAGUAUCACGUGGAGGCGGAGUUCAGCCGCACCGGCCCUGAGCCAUCAACAACACACCGGGAGUCGGGGAGUACGGAUAGUGUUGCCGUGAUGGGCGCCGCUGUGCUGUGUGCGCUGGUGUGCUUCACCUGCGAGGCGUACCUCCCCGACCCGACCGCGCUGAUCAGCGAGAUUGACUGCAUCGAUGAGAUGGUGAUGCUGGUGGAGCCUGGGAGGCGCGAUCAGACUGACCUCCUGCGUCGUGUCUCGGUGCUGCGUCGCCGUAUUGCGGCGUCGAAUCGCCAGCUGUACAUAAAGGAGAAGUUGCUGCAUGAGUUGGUGGGGCCCACGAUGCGCACCACCUUUGUGUCGCGUGACCCGUGCGUGGUGUGCGCGUACCGCGAGACGCAUGGAAAGCUUUCGCAGGUGCUGGAUCGUCUGGAGAUUGCGCGUGACACGCUGAAUCAUGCGAACCUAAACUUUAUGAACGCUGUGUCCAUGCGUAUGUCGCAGUCUUCCGCCAGGCUGGAUUGGAUGAUGACUUUCCUGAGCCAAAUUGCGACGGUUUGCCUCCCGGCGAAUCUUCUUGCUUCUAUGUUUGGAAUGAAUUGCAGGGUGCCGUGGCAGGCCGAUGAGUAUGACAACUUGAAUGCCUUCUGGGGUAUCGUAGGGCUCAUCUUGGUGUGGAUGGCGGUAUGCUUCGUCGUGCCAAUUCACACGUACUUUUUUCAACGAGAAGAGGCGUAA